ACAUAGUUCUGUACUCUAGUUAUUUGUUCACUAAAAUGGCCAUAAUACCAUCUCAUUGGUUGGUUCAAGUGAUGCGUUCUGUUGCAAGUGUUUUAACUGCUCUUUAGGAGUGGUGACUGCAACCCACUUUCAGCAGUGAACUUGGUGGAUGAGUAUGGGCAUUUCUUUUAGUUGGAUGUUGUAUAGUUGUUAGGCUUGCUGAAUUGGGCUGAUUUUCACAGGCUAUCUCAAUGUGUGAGGCAUUGGAUCCCAAAGAACUCCAAAAUGUGAGAAGGCCUUGAAUGGACUAGUACCAGGAUGGGGAGACCCUCCUGAGAAGCUCCAUCAAGAACGCCUUUUUUCACGCCCUUCUUCAGGUUUUCUCUUCUGUUGUCAACUACUUGCUGUUUGUUCUUCAUCUUACAUGUGAUGUACCCUUUAGUAUUUUGAAGUUACUGAGUUAUUAUGUCUUGCCAUUCACCACCUUCGUCAAAGGAUUGCAUGUAUUUCUGUUUUCCAUAUAUCUACCACCAUUACCACCUUAUAGCCUUACAUUCAAACAGUUACCAAAAUUGUUUUGCCUAGUUGGCAGGAACAAAAUAGCUAUGCUUGCAUUACUUAGCAUACACUUUUUUAGAAUUUUAGUCAUGCAUUAACUGAAAUGAUGAGCUCAUGAUGUUCUUUUGCAGUGGUAACAAUCUGUUUUUGUCACCCAACAAAUAUUUCCUGCAAGAAACAGAACUCCCUUUUUAAUGUGCUUGUGUUGAUAUGUAAAAGCGGCCAUCUGGCUCUGUUUUUUGUUGCAUGAUGUAUCGUUGUUUGAUUUGCUGAUAUUCACAGACUACUUAUGAAGAUAUCAAUAUGUGAAGCAUUGGAUCCCAAGGAACUCCAAAAUGCAGGAAGGCCUUGAAUGGACUAGUAUCGGGAUGGGAGACCCUCCUGAGAAGCUCCAUCAAGACUGCCUCAUUCACGUGCUUCUUCAGAGGCCAUUUGCAUGCCAUGUAGAUGGUUGCCCCUUCAGCUAUAGCAGGAAGGACCAUCUGAACCGCCAUCUACUUACCCAUCAAGGGAAGCUAUUUAUAUGCCCUAUGGAAGGGUGCAAUCGUAAGUUCAGUACCAGGGGCAAUAUGCAGAGACAUGUUCAGGAAAUGCAUAAAGAUGGCUCUCCUUGUGAAAGCAAGAAAGAAUUUAUCUGUCCAGAGGUUAAUUGUGGGAAGGCUUUCAAAUUUGCUUCCAAGCUACAGAAGCACGAGGAUUCACAUGCCAAGUUGGAAUACACUGAAGUUAUCUGCUGCGAACCAGGCUGCAUGAAGACUUUUACUAAUGUGGAAUGCCUCAAGGCCCAUAACCAAUCAUGCCAUCGAUAUGUUCAGUGUGAUGUCUGUGACACUAAACAGCUAAAGAAGAAUUUCAAGCGUCAUCAGCGGAUGCAUGAAGGUUCACGUGUUGCUGAGACAGUUAAAUGCCACUUUGAGGACUGCAAGUGCUCAUUUUCAAAGAAAUCCAAUUUGGACAAGCAUAUCAAGGCAGUCCAUGAGCAAAGUAGACCUUAUGCAUGUGGAUUCGCUGGGUGCGGCAAGAAGUUUUCUUACAAGCAUGUUAGGGACAACCAUGAAAAAUCUAGUGCUCAUGUGUACUUUGAGGGCGAUUUCGUGGAAUCUGGACCGCAUCCAGGCGGGCGCAAGAGGAAACCCAUCCCCGUUGAUACUUUUACGCGGAAAAGGGUAGCUGCUCCUGGUGAUGUGCCUACUUAUGCUGAUGGAACGGGGUAUCUGAGAUGGCUUUUGUCAGGUUGACAGAUAUACUAUGUUAGUUUUGGAUGAUCGAGCCUUUUGUAGUUUGAAAUAUCCGCGAGAUUAUUAUCUGUAUGUAGGUACAGUAAAGAAAUAGGCCAGAACAGUAUGUAUAGAUAAGACUGCAGUCGGCAAGUUCUUUUUAUGUCCUUCCUGUUACCAAACCUUUGUUUAGAGGCGACGACCCUACUCUAGGUGUAUACAUAAGAUGCUAUUUUCUCUUGUGCAACAGGAAUCUUAAUCAUGGUGCCACUUAUCUGAA